AUGAACACAUUUCUGUCGCUCGUGGUGGUACUGCUACCUGCCGCUCUCGCAAUACAAGUGAUCUUCGAAAGCAUCGAACAUGACGAGGGAUUCGAUUUGUUCAAAACUGAGCUCCGAGUGCGCAAGUACAAUCGUACGAUGACCGUUGCUAAUGGAACGUUCGCGUGGAACGCCCCCGUUGACGAUAGCGAAGUGGUAUCAAUGGAGCUUUUCCAUAGUCCACUUGGCAAUCAACAGUUCAACUACUACCCGAUGAAAAUACCGACAUCCGGUGUGUGCCAGUUUAUGAAGACUAUUCACGACGAAUACUCCGAAUACUUGAACAACAUUGCCAACAUGCCACCCCUAGACGAAUGUCCGAUUUUACCUGGGAAAGUGACGUUCCAGGACAAGGUUUUUCCAUCGAAAGCGGUUCCGCAAAUGUUACCAACAGGACUUUGGAAGGCAAUCGUAUUCGCUAAAGAGAAGGAUGCCAUAGUCGGUCGUUUUACGGUGGUUGUUAAAGCAUACAAUGACAAUUACUUUUGA